AUGGUGUCUAAAUGGAUUCUCCCUCUCUUGGUAGGGACUUCUGCCGCACAGUACUUCCCGCCCACACCCGAGGGAUUGAAGGUGGUGGAUUCAAAGCACCACAAAGGGGUGAAGAUCUCAUACAAAGAGCCUGGGAUUUGCGAAACAACGCCCGGGGUGAGAUCCUACUCGGGAUAUGUUCACCUCCCCCCAGGCUCUCUGGCCGACGUAAAUGUCGACCAAGACUAUCCGAUCAAUACAUUCUUCUGGUUCUUUGAAGCUCGUCACAACCCAAAAAAUGCCCCUUUAUCCAUCUGGAUGAACGGAGGCCCAGGGAGUUCCUCCAUGAUUGGUCUCAUGCAGGAGAACGGCCCCUGUAUAGUAAACGAAGAUUCCAAUUCGACCGAGCUCAACCCCUGGUCGUGGAACAAUUAUGUCAACAUGCUGUACAUCGAUCAGCCUAACCAGGUCGGCUUCAGCUAUGACGUACCCACCAAUGGCACUUUCGAUCAGGUCUCUGGGGCCUGGAAUUUGUCGCAGUGGACCCACGGGGUGCCCACUCAGAACAACACUUUCUACGUCGGCACGACGGCCAGCCAAAAAGCGGCAAACUCGGCAAAUAGCACUCAGAAUUCUGCACGGUCGCUGUGGCAUUUCGCGCAGACCUGGUUUACCGAAUUCCCGCACUAUAAGCCGCACGAUGAGCGAGUGAGCAUCUGGACUGAAUCUUACGGUGGUCGCUAUGGGCCAUCUUUUACUGCUUUCUUCCAGGAGCAGAAUGAGAAGAUCAAGAAUGGCUCUAUUGAUAACCCGGAAGAGUCGCACUAUAUCCACCUCGACACUCUGGGUAUCAUCAAUGGCUGCAUCGAUCUGCUCGUCCAGGAGCCGACGUACCCUGUUAUGGCAUACAACAACACAUAUGGCAUCGAAACCAUUAACAGAACAGUCUUCGAUAAUGCCAUGGAUACAUGGAGCCGCCCGGGUGGAUGCAAGGAUCUGAUCACGAACUGUCGCGCGCUGGCCGCAGAGGGUGAUCCCCAGAUGUACGGCCACAACAAGACCGUCAACAAAGCUUGUCAAAAGGCCGACCAGCUCUGCUCCAACAGCGUUGAAGGCGCAUACGUUGAAUUUGCCGGUCGCGGCUACUACGACAUCACACACAAGAACCCAGAUCCAUUCCCACCUUCGUACUUCCUCGGCUGGUUGAACCAGCACUGGGUGCAAGGCGCUCUGGGAGUUCCUCUCAACUUCACCGAAUCGAGCGACGGCGUCUACGAAGCCUUUUCCUCUGUCGGAGACUACCCCCGCUCUGACGUGCACGGAUAUUUGGAAGACCUUGCAUAUGUACUCGAUUCCGGCAUCAAGGUGGCCCUCGUCUACGGCGACCGCGACUAUGCUUGUAACUGGAUUGGUGGAGAGGACGCCAGUCUGCUGGUGAACCAUUCUAGUGCCGAUGCUUUCCGCUCUGCUGGAUAUGCACCCCUUCAUACGAAUUCCUCGUAUAUCGGUGGACAGGUCCGUCAGCAUGGCAACUUCUCCUUCACUCGCGUUUACCAGGCUGGGCAUGAAGUCCCCGCUUACCAGCCCCAAACCGCAUACGAGAUCUUCUAUCGCUCGCUCUUCAACCGUGAUUUGGCUACGGGAAAGAUUGACACGGCUCGUAAUGCCUCCUAUGAGACCCAGGGACCUGCGUCUACCUGGCAUAUUAAGAAUGAGGUGCCGGAGAGCCCAGAGCCUCUUUGCUAUAUUCUUGCACUUGGUGCCACUUGCACUGAUGAUCAGAUUGCGAGUGUAUUGAACGGCACUGCGGUUAUCGAGGACUACAUUGUUGUCGAUGGCAAGUCGGAGUGA